AUGCCGCUCCAGAAGUCCUAUUCUGAGCGGAUUGGGCUUUCAAGACAACGCUCGCCCUGGCAGCGGUCUCACAGCACUCCCAACAAUUUACAGCCAGCGAACUCGAAGAACUUGAUUCCCAUAUCGGAAGUUACGAAGAAGAAGCUGAACAAGUUUCUGUAUAAUGACUCUGAAGAUGGGUCUGCGGCAGACAAAGGCGUAGAUGGGAGGGGUAAGGGUGCAGCAAUAGCUGGUUUGAGCGAACAAACGCCCUCGCAUCUAAGGAUGAUUGGAAACAAUGCGACGCCGGUGACUCGGCUGGAUUGGAGCGACCUCCUCGAGCCGUGCAGUCAAAUACUAGAGGAAGAUGCCACCUCGCCGAACGACAAGCUGCUGUGGAACAACAAGCAGGAUCCGAAUGCAUUCGCCACCAUCUCGCCGAUGAUGCCCCGCAAAGGAAGGAAACGAGCCAGGAGCUCUUCGCCGAUCUCUUCUCCCUCUGCCGACAGAAUCGCCACCCCGACCGUCAAUGUCAAGAAAUUGGCCAGAGCAUUGAAAUCGCCUCACCCCGAUCCGACGUUGGAGCUCUGGGAUCGAUACUCGCUGAAUGGACAUCCGGGACAGUCUCCCGUGUCUGGUGCGGCGAAUCCGAUUUUGGCCCAGUUGAUGGUCUCUUCGUCUCCACGGCCAUCCAAGAAUCAAGCUGCGCAGGUCGACCAGGAGGAUUUGCGCCGAGCCGCCAGCUGUGGUUUUCAGUGGCCUAAGAGGAGGAGGAUGGAAAAGUCAAAAUCGGGCAGCCAGGUCAGCGCCAGCCAACGGGAAUUGGAGGCUGCGUCCAAGUCCUCUCUUGUCACAGCGUUGCUGGAUUCGGUUACGAGUAGUAUGCAAAAUCAGAGCCAGGACGACGAUACCGAGGCAGCAGGGAUGGACUCACCGUCUCUAAAGAAGAGGCAGAUUGCGCCCCAGAACAGCAAUUCCCCGUCGAGAAAGUCAAAGGGCCGGAUGCCUAGUCCGAUUGUUUCGGACUACGGUGAUGAUGAUGACUUGGAUGAUGAGUUUUUGAUGUUAGAAGAAACCAUGCUGGCAACCCAAGCAACUCAGGCAACUCAGGCAACUCAGGCAUCUCAGGCAUCUCAGACAUCUCAGACAACGGAAACUGUAGCACCAGCCAGGCAAAGCACAGAAAGAACAGUCAAAGAAGAGGACGAAAAUAAGAACAAGAAACCUGUCCUGAACGAGUUUGAUGAUUUUGACGACGACGACUUCGACGAUGCAGACGACUUGCUGGCAAAUUUAGAACUGAAAACCCCAGCAACAGGGAAAAGGAUGUCUUCAAAGAUGAUGAAAACACCGCUCAAGAAUAAAGCUCCGCGGAAGCUAGCUGACCUGGAAGAUGAAUUCGGCGACGAUGCCUUUGAUGGAGAUGUCGACUUUGAAGCGGUAGAAUUUGCUGCAACCCAAGCGGCCCAGCAGCAAGACACUGCCUCAAGAGCUGUAUGUGAGGACGCUAUCCAGGAAGAAAACAUGCUAAACGUAGGCCAGAACAAGAAAAUCAAGACUAUUCAGCGAUAUUUAGUAACAAGUGUUUUAGACGGCGAAUACGUCGAUCAGUACAACCGCGUCUCCCCCGAAAAGAUCCUCUUGAUUCAAGCAGAUGGCUCAAAGACUACCCGAACUGUACAGCUACGAGGCUCUUGGUACGACACACCGGCGCACGCUGAUGCCUACGUCCAUGUCAUUGGAGACUUUUCAUUCAAGGGGCAGUGUAUUGUGGAUGAUGCGCAGAAUCUCUUGAUUUUGCAUCCUGAUCAGCUGGUAUCCGCAACAGUGGUUGCAGAUUCUUUUGGCUGCACGCGUCGAGCUGUGCUCCAAGAUCGAGUCAAGGCUACCAGCGAAGCUUCACCUCCGUUGGUCUACGGCACGAUGCUCCACGAAAUCUUUCAGGAUGCAUUGCUUGCCAACAGGUUUGAUCUCGGAUACCUCUCAGAGUUGAUUGAUAAAAACAUUGAGAAACAUAUUGAGGAUUUGUACACGAUUAAAAUGGGUAUUGCGGAUGCCAAAGAGCAUCUCCAGUCCAAAAUGACCGAACUUAGCUAUUGGGCUAAGAGCUUCGUGUCAUCGCAACCACAGGCCGACGCUAUUGUAGAGGGGAGAAAUGGAGACAAAGCUACUAUCGCUGUCAGAAAGCUGCUUGACGUGGAAGAGCACGUUUGGUCGCCUAUGUAUGGGUUGAAGGGAAAUAUUGAUGCAACGGUUGAAAUCAUGAUGGCAGAUGGCAAGCAGAGCCAAGUAUUGACUGUGCCAUUUGAGGUCAAGACGGGCAAACAUGCCAAUAGCAACCACAUGGCGCAGACAGCUCUUUAUACCCUGUUAUUAUCGGAUCGUUACGACAUUGAUAUCACUCACGGCAUUCUAUACUACAUGGAGACGUCUAAAACGAUGCGAAUACCCGCUAUUCGACAUGAGCUCCGGCAUAUGAUAAUGCAGCGAAACCAGCUGGCAUGUUACAUCCGAGAACGGAGCGUUCAGCUUCCUCCAAUGUUGAAGAGCAAACAUAUGUGUGGAAAAUGCUAUGCUAAAACCUCUUGUUUCAUCUAUCAUCGGUUAGCAGAUGGAGGAGACGGGGAAAGUAGCGGCAUGGGUGAAAAGUUUACUGAGGUUAUCAAACAUCUGACACAAGAACACCAAGAAUUCUUCAUCAAGUGGGAAAACUUGUUGACAAAGGAAGAGAAGGAGGGGCAGAAGACCAAGAGAGAGCUGUGGACGAUGACAAGCUCUGAGCGCGAGAAGAAGUCUCGAUGUUUUUCGGACGUCAUCAUUGAAGAGGGAUCUGCAUCGGUUGAUGAAGACAAUCCUCGGAUUAAUCGAUUUCACUACACUUUUAUCAAGCGAGAACCGAUGCCCGACUUCACUUUUAUUGGAUCAGAGUUGACGGUUGGUGAGCCAAUUGUUGUGUCAGAUGAAGAUGGACAUUAUGCUUUGGCGAUUGGAUACGUUACUUCUGUUCGAAAGCAAAGGAUCAGCGUCGCCGUGGACCGACGUCUACACAAUGCUCGAAUUCGACAGCCCGGAUUUGAUGAAGAGAAUAACCAAGUUUUUGCUAGCAUUAUGGAAGUUGCACCCGAAGGGGCGUCGGUUGAACAGAGUCAAGGGAAAAUCAAAGAGCCACCUAUUCGAUACCGCCUGGAUCAAGAUGAGUUUAGCAAUGGCAUGGCCACUGUAAGAAACAACUUGAUCCAGAUGAUGGCAAAUGACGUGCCAGCUGCUGUGCGAAUUCGGGAGCUCAUUGUCGAUUUGGAGCCUCCUAGGUUUAAACCAGUGGCGACCCAAUACACUGUCACUGAUGGGGAGAAUUUGAAUGUUGAUCAACAGCGGGCUAUCGAGAAGGUCAUGAGUGCGCAAGAUUAUGCGCUGGUACUGGGAAUGCCUGGUACCGGUAAGACGACCACCAUUGCCCACAUCAUCAAGGCUCUGGUGUCACAGAACAAAACGGUGCUGUUGACGUCUCAUACGCACACGGCCGUUGACAACAUUCUUCUGAAGCUGAAGUCGGACAAAAUCCCUAUUCUACGACUUGGUGCUCCGGCAAAGGUCCACCCCGAGGUUCAGGAUUUUGUUCACCUCGCAGGCCACCCAAAGAAGACUUUUGAGGAAAUAAAGGAGGCUUGGCAUGGCACCCCGAUUGUUGCCACGACCUGCUUGGGAAUUAACCACCAAGUCUUCAUAGAGCGUUCAUUCGACUAUUGCAUUGUGGAUGAAGCCUCACAGAUUACCUUGCCCAUUUGUGCGGGCCCCAUUCGACUGGCAAAGACGUUUGUUCUUGUCGGAGACCACAAUCAGCUUCCACCGGUGGUGAAGAAUGAAGAGGCUAGACAAGGUGGCUUGGAUGUCAGCCUGUUCAAGCUCUUAUCGGACACCCACCCGCAAUCUGUCGUUAACCUAGAGCAUCAGUAUCGUAUGUGUGAAGACAUUAUGACUCUGAGCAACACCCUCAUCUACAAUGGCAGACUUCGAUGUGGAACGGAAGAGCUGCGCAAGAAAAAGCUUCACAUUCCUAGCAUGGAGGCUCUGCGACAACAUCAUCACGACUCAACAACUAUUCAGCGAUCUGGAACCGCUCGCUCAUUCUGCACUGGACCCGUGCCGUCGCGAUGCUGGCUUUAUGACCUCCUUGACGCUGAAACUCGUGUUCGGUUCGUUGACAUGGACACGAUCCGGCCCCAGGUUCGUGAAGAGGCUCAAGGAAAACGUAUCAUCAAUCCUGCCGAGGGGCAAAUUGUCUCACAGCUUGUUGAAAGCCUGCUCACUGUGGGAGUUCCAGCUACUGAAAUUGGUGUAAUGACACAUUACCGUGCACAGCUUCAUCUUCUCAAAGAUAAACUCAAGUACUUUCCUGGCAUAGAAAUGCAUACCACCGAUCGUUUCCAGGGACGGGACAAAGAAGUCAUUGUACUGAGUCUGGUGCGAAACAACGAGGCCUGCAAUAUCGGAGACUUGCUCAAAGAUUGGCGGCGUAUUAAUGUGGCAUUUACUCGUGCAAAGACCAAGCUCCUAGUCGUGGGCAGCAUGAGCACCCUCAAGGGAAAUGGAGAGGAGACCAUGCUUAGCAAGUUUAUUUCUCUGAUGGAAGAUCGCAAUUGGAUAUAUCAUAUGCCGCAGAAUGCUCUUGAGAGCCAUUGUUUUGCGGAUUUGAGUACGCAGCUCACUGGUUUUACACAGCGAACGCCUAGAAAGUCUCCAAAGAGGGUGCCGACAAAGGCAAGUGCUACUUCAUACGCGGACAAAGAGAACCGGAAACCGUCUCCGAGAAGGGCGCGGGUGGGAGAAGGGAUGUUGCUUAAAGGGAAGCUAAUCACGCGAGAUAUUUUGAAUGAAAUGACGGAUGGCGCAUAUGGAAAUUAA